AUGACUGAAGAAACCAAAGAUAACCAGAAGCUGCAGCGACCUGCUCCUCGUCUUAACGAGAGGAUCCUCUCUUCCUUGUCUCGGCGUUCCGUUGCUGCUCACCCAUGGCACGAUCUUGAAAUUGGUCCUGGAGCUCCACAGAUUUUCAAUGUGGUGGUUGAGAUCACAAAGGGAAGCAAGGUGAAAUAUGAACUUGACAAAAAGACUGGACUCAUUAAGGUUGAUCGUAUUCUCUACUCAUCAGUUGUUUACCCUCACAACUAUGGUUUCGUUCCUCGCACCCUAUGUGAAGACAAUGACCCUAUUGAUGUCUUAGUCAUCAUGCAGGAACCUGUGCUUCCUGGUUGUUUUCUCCGUGCUCGUGCUAUUGGAUUAAUGCCUAUGAUUGACCAGGGUGAGAAAGAUGACAAGAUUAUUGCAGUUUGUGUUGAUGAUCCUGAGUACAAGCAUUACACUGACAUCAAAGAGCUUCCUCCUCACCGUCUCUCUGAGAUCCGUCGUUUCUUUGAAGACUACAAGAAGAAUGAGAACAAGGAAGUUGCUGUUAAUGAUUUUCUGCCAUCUGAGAAUGCUAUUGAAGCUAUCCAGUACUCGAUGGACCUUUAUGCUGAGUACAUUCUCCAUACCCUGAGACGUUGA